UUUUUUUUCCUUUUUCUUUUCUCCACAAUCAACCUAUUCGAGUCCACCUACCCGCCAUUUCGCCAUGUUGCAAGAAUACCCUUCACAGAUUCAACCUCGGUCAUCUUCAACAAGAGUCGUCCAACUAGAAGACAGUAACGGGACCAGUAGUUCAGGAACUAGCAGUAGAGGACGUUUCUCAGAAGAUUCUUCUUAUUCCAAUUCAGCAAUAGCAGUGACUCUUGCGGGAGAAACAAUGACAGCCAACACUGAUAAAAUUGAUGCGGAGGCUAGCCGAAUUUUAAUUGAUUUGGCGAAUCAAGAUAUCAGUGCACAAAUCAUCUUCAAUGAUAGUCAUCCUCUCUCAAAACCAGUAAGAAGAAAAGGUGCCAAUGCUCUACCACCAAGAAAAGCUUCAUUACCCAUAAGGACAGAUAGCAAUUAUCAUUUGCAAUUAGAGCGUCAACCACCCGAUCCCAUUAUGUUGCUCGCUGCAGCAGCAGCUGUGGUGGAUGACGACUUUAAUGGCCGUUACUAUGAACGAAGAGAGAUUCGGUUGCAUGGUCGUCAUGGUAACCUAACCCUUAUCAUUCCCAGUGUGGCUUGAGCAUCCUCCAACACCACGAUUGACAUGAUCUCUUUGUUUUUAGGGUCACAAAAGAGAAAACCAUACAAUGAGGGUGCUACGCAUAUCCGUCAUCACCAUCAACCAAAGACAAACGAUGCAGAUGAUUGUAAUAAAAGCAGCAGCAGCAGCAGCAGCAGCCAUAUAGCUUUGACAAACCAUCCUAUCAGUAACCCUACCGCUCACAAUGACUCUCC